AUGGCCCAAGAUGCAUACUACAUUACGCCUAAUGAAGCAGCUUUGGCCGUGGUAGCUACGUCAAUGAAGAAAGCUAGAUUAAGACCAGAGACUUUGGUCUGUAAUUCAAUCGUUGGUGGUGUCUUAUUCAGCGCAGGAGGCAUGCUUUUUACCGCUUGUCAUUCGAUGAGCCCAGAAAUUUUUAAUCAGAACCCAGGCAUGCUGGAUUUUAUGGGAGCUCUGAUGUUUUCGAUAGGUCUAUUUUAUGUUGUCAUAAAUGGUGCAGAUCUAUUCAAUUCCAACAUCCUCUUUUUCUCUGUAGGUCUAUUACGCAAUGUUGUGUCCGCCUACGAUCUAUUGAUAAGCUGGUUUGUCAGCUGGUUCGGCAAUUUUGCUGGCACUCUGUUCGUAGUGUACGUUAUGUGUUACUUAUCGGGGGUCACCAGGUCGUCCAAGUUCGUGGCGUGGACACAUAUUGCUGUUCAAGAGAAGGACUCAGCUACUUUCAUUCAAAUUUUCAUAAAAGCCAUAGCUGGAAACUUCUUCGUCUGUCUGGCCAUUUACCUCCAAAUGAUGGCUAAACCUUUGCAUGUCAAAUUUUUAAUGUUGACAUUACCUAUUUUCACCUUUGUCGCUAUUGGAUUCACGCAUGUUGUUGCUGAUAUGUUUCUUUUGACAGUUGGGAUGUUGAAUGGCGCAGAUCUGUCCAUCGCGAGAUUUAUAUGGAAACACAUGGUUGCGUCAACUCUUGGCAAUGUCGUCGGAGGAAGCGUCUUUGGGCUUGUAAUUCCAUUUUAUUUGCACCUAGUUGUUGUAGAAUAUGAUAGGAAACAGCUUUCUUUGCCUAAACUUGAGGCAAGGGACGAGCAGCCUGAGCUCAAUAUGGAUUCCAGAGUGGUCAGAGUUCCAACUGGAGAAGCAGAAGACCUGGAUGAAGAGGCGAGCGAAGGCGAUGAACAAUAUGCCCCCGAAGAAAGGAGUGGUUUGGACCCCAUCAGUAGUGGUUCUUCCGUGGAUGAGAAGAGAGACACGGUACCGGUUGCAUACAGACCUGUAUUAAGAACUCCCAGCUUCUCGAGAACUGGAUCAAGCUUGAGAAGAAUAGUUACUAAUAAGUCAGGCAUCAGCGUACGCUCGAACAGAUCUUUACCACAUAGAACACCAGCUGGAGUGUUUCCAAUCAAAGGUAUGGCCACUCCGUUGACAAAAGAGUCUAGUCGGAUUGGCCUAUAUGGUUUCGAACCUAGUUCGGUAUCAACUCAUCGAUUACACCCUUCAGUUCAGAGUAUCGAUACCUUGAGACGAGUGAAGACUACAAAAUCAGAGCAAACCGGUAAUAUAAAUAUGUCGAGACCCCAAUUACAGGAAUCCACCAGAGCAAAGUCUCUCGGUUUUAUCUUACAUCCAGAAAGCUCAGUUGAUCAUCGUAGAAUUUUGGAAAACAAAAUGGGCGCAAAACUCGAAAGAGCAUUAACAAGGAUCUCUUCGCGCUUAUCUCGCGACGACAGAAACGAUUGCAAGCUGCCCACUACAACUCAGGAGGUUUUCCCUUCCAUUGAGAACAACAACAUGUCACAAACUAAUUUCGCCAAUGUUCCUAAUUUAUCUGAUCAACGAUCAAAUUUCGGAACAAAAUUUCAAGGUUCCUCGAAUUUCGACGAUGACAUGGUCAGACUUCACAAGUUCUCCACAGUUCCCGCCGUUACUGAUUCUUCAAAAGACGCUGGCCAUACAAUGACCUUUAGUAAUGGUAGGCCGUCUUCCAACAGUAACUCAAGCACUCGUAGCAUUUCUAUUCUGAGCCGACCGUCCGCUGCGCGCCCCACUGAAGUCCCCGAGUUUCGAAGACCACUGCAUCCCAUAGGGCCCCGCAACAGCAUACCGCGUUUCAUGGCAAAUUUUGACAACGACUACGAUGAAGAACAGAGCAUCAAAGACUCAUAA